AUCAUCAGCCCGAAGGGUGUGCGCAAUAUGAUCACACAUUGCUUUGUCAGUCAAGACGUUUCGCAUUGAUGAGCUUGAGAUAAGACGAUCUGAAUUGGAUAAACGUUGGAAGAUGAAAAGAAACCAGUGUUUAAACAGCACAAACGAUAUGACCGUUGCAUCUCUCACCAAACUCAUCUGCUAAACUUAAUUGUUAGCCAUCUGAAAGUCAUUUUUGCAACAAAAAACAACAUGGUGGACAACCGUUACGCCACAGCGCUGGUGAUCGGCUCUGUGUUGAGCCUGCUUGCCACUGUCUAUCUGUCUGUUGCAAUGGGCACUCAGCACUGGUUCCAGUACCACAGCCAGCCGGCCAGCAACGACAUCAACAACGGCUCAGACCUCCAGAACCUCCGGCUGGACUUUGAGGGGGAAGAUGUGGAUGAGAUGAGCUACAGUAAAGCUCUGUUCCAGUUGAACGGCACGCUGGGUCUGUGGUGGCGUUGCAUUCGGGUGCAUCAAGACUCGCAUUGGUUUAAAGCACCUGAUCCAGUGAUGGUGACUAAAUGUCAGGCCUUUACUUUGCAGCAGCAGUGGGAAUCUAAGUAUAAAUCACCUGGAAAUAUCAACACCGGAGAAGAUCUGCUGCGUACAUACCUGUGGAAGUGUCAGUUCCUGCUGCCGCUGAUCUCCGUGGGUUUGGUGUUUCUCGCGGCAUUAAUCGGAGUGUGUGCCUGUCUGUGUCGCAGUAUUACUCCAACACUGUUCGUAGGGCUGCUGCAUCUGAUGGCUGGCCUGUGUUCCCUGGGGACCGUUUGCUGUUUCCUCACGGGACUGCAUUUGCUUCAUGAUAUAUCAGAGCUGCCCGAAGGAAUGGACUAUUCUCCAGGCUGGUCCUUGUUUUUGGCGCUGGUGUCGUCUCCGCUUCAGGUCAUGGCGGCUGCGCUUUUCAUAUGGGCUGCGAGGAGCCACCGCCAACACUACACUCGAAUGACAGCCUACAGAGUCGCCUGAACAACCAAGGACUGACUAUAAAGUUGGUGAAGUGGUUCAAGGAACGCGCACAGCCUAUUCACAGCUGCUUUUGCCACUAACAAAGCUGUGAUGAAGUAAUGAAGGAUACCAUCAGCCCAAAAUUAGUAAGCUAAACUAGCGCCGUCCACCUAUAGCACUCCUGUGAAAUACUUGCAUCACUUGAAGGAUCUUCCUGCUAUAUUACUGCCUUUUUAACCACUUAUUUUAGCCUUUGUGGUAACAUUUUACUUGAAGGGGUGUUCAUAAGACAUAAUAUAUUUAAAGGGGGAAAUUAAGCACUCAGUUAAGUUUACAUUAUUUUGUAUAUUGGAUUCCACUUGAAAAUAUAAUAAACAAACAAUUAAUGUAACCAUUUAGCAGUAAACGGCAUGUUUUACUAUAGAUUUUAGAUCUAGGAUGCUACCAUCUUGGAAUGUCGCUGUGUCUGACAUCACAGGGUUGGUUCUGUUCCCUCAGGUGAACGGAUACUGUGAAAGUAAUGGACUGAAAACAAAAACUGAAACAGCCUAAUUUAACCCAAUGUGUGCAGUUGUGGACGUGGAGCUGGUGUAAAUACAAGCAUCAGAUGUGUGUCUAAUAUAAAAAUACAUUUUCUAUUUUUCUUUUUGCCUCUUUUAGUUACUGACUAUUUGGUUCACUAUCUGUAUUACGCUGCCUGACUACCUGUCUGGGUUUCAAGCAUGGCAGUAACGGACUGAACACAGAGACUGGACAGCCUGAUUUAACCAUGAAGUUGUGGAUGUGCAUCGCUGGUGCAAAUACAAGCAUUUAAGUGUCUUAAGU